GUACAAGCAUCGCCUUCCGCCACCGUCAUGUCGAUUUUCACGCCGACUAACCAAAUCCGCCUCACCAAUGUCGCCGUGGUGCGGAUCCGGCGGGCGGGGAAGCGCUUCGAGAUCGCUUGUUACCGGAACAAGGUCAUGGGCUGGCGGAGCGGCUCUGAAAAGGACCUGGAUGAAGUCCUGCAGACCAAUACCGUCUUUGUAAAUGUCUCCAAAGGCCAGGUGGCAAAGAAGGAGGACCUUGUCAAAGCAUUUGGUACAGAUGAUCAGAUGGAAAUAUGCAAGACUAUCUUAUCGAAAGGGGAGUUGCAGGUGUCCGAUAAAGAGCGGCACACACAGCUGGAGCAGAUGUUCCGCGACAUUGCAACCAUCGUUGCUGACAAGUGCGUGAACCCAGAAACAAAGAGGCCCUACACGGUCAUCCUGAUUGAAAGAGCCAUGAAGGACAUCCACUACUCAGUCAAGCCAGGAAAGAGCACUAAGCAGCAGGCCUUGGAGGUGAUCAAGCAGCUGAAGGAGACCAUGCAGAUCGAGCGGGCGCACAUGAGGCUGCGCUUCAUUCUCCCCCCGAAAGAAGGCAAGAAGCUGAAGGAGAAGCUGAAGCCGCUCAUCAAAGUAAUUGAGAGUGAAGAUUUUGAUGAGCAGCUAGAAAUUGUGUGCCUUGUGGACCCAGGCUGCUUCCGGGAGAUCGACGAACUGAUCCGGUGUGAAACCAAAGGGAAGGGGAGCCUGGAAGUGCUGAGUCUGAAAGACGUGGAAGAAGGGGACGAAAAGCUGGAGUAGCAUCUGGCUACCUCCCCCCCCC